AUGCAUAGAGUUAGAGAAAUUCAAGGAAUCAAUCAAAAAGAAUUAAGUUUAAAUAUAAAUGAUAAUGCUUCAUGGCAUGCCGAUUAUAGUCAUAGUCCAUAUAUCUAUGUUGGUGGUUUAAAUUUCGAUUUAACUGAGGGUGACAUUAUAUCAAUCUUUAGUCAAUAUGGUGAAAUAUCAGAAUGUAAUUUGGUUAGAAAUAAAGAAACUGGCAAAUCUCAAGGCUUUUGUUUUAUAGGAUACGACAAUCAAAAGAGCACAGUUUUAGCAGUUGAUAAUUUCAAUGGUAUCAAAGUUUUGGGUAAAACUAUUAAAGUUGACCAUGUCAAAGAUUAUAAAAGACCAAAAAAGAAUAAUGAAGAU